AUGGAUUCUGGUCUGAAAUCCACCUGUUCAGAUGAAUCUCAUUUAGAUACAUCAAAACCUAAUUUAGAUAUGUCUUCGUUAAAAGUUCCAUCAAUAGAAUUGCCUGAUGAUUUGUUUGAAGAUGCUUUAAAUUCAUGGAGAUUUUCACUAAUAGGAAGAUUAAAUUUACAAGAUAUCAAAUUCGUAAAUGCUGCUGUUAUUUUACGACAACAAUGGAAGUUAACUGGGGAAUGUAAACUCAUUCCAUUGGGAAGAGGUUUUUUUACAAUUAAGUUGGACAAUGAACUUGAUUGUAAAACCAUCAAAGCUGGUCAAUGGGAAGUCCUAAAUCAGAUUUUACAAGUAACAAAUUGGGUAUCAAAUUUCAGACCAUCUAAUCAGCGCACUUCUAAAGCUCAAGUUUGGGUUCGUUUUCCUGGUUUGGGUUUAGAGUUCUGGAAGGAAACUAUAUUAUUCAAGAUAUGUAAAGAGAUUGGAACACCUAUCAAGAUUAAUACUGCUACAGCAAAUUGUGAAUCUGGUUAUUAUGCAAAUAUUUUGGUUGAGAUGGAUUUCGCUCAACCAAUUCCUAACAAAAUAUGGAUUGGCACCAAAUAUGGGGGUUUCUUUCAAAAUAUUUCAAUUCCAAUCAUUCCAAAGUACUGUCAUCAUUGCAAGAUUAUUGGCCACUCAACUCUAGAUUGUCGGAUUGGGAAAACCAAAAGUAACACUGAAGGUAGUGCUCCACAGAAGACUAAAGUAAGUGUAGAAUCUCCUCACACACCUUUUGAUAUCUGUGAUAGAUCAGAAGUUGAAAAUUCUCCAUCUAAGGUACACGCUAGUACCUCCACUUUAAGUCAUAAUCUACAGUUAACAAAAGACUCACUAGUCACUAAUAUUACAACUCCAACAACACAGCAAAACUCCAGUACUAUCAAUCCUAAUCUAGUAGGAGGAAGAUUUAAUGUGUUGAACUCUGAUGAUUACAAAGAAGAGAAGGUUAUGGGUAAAUAA